GGAGGAUGAAUUAUCCCCUGCUGUAAAACGCUCUGUGGGGAGGGGCGAUGGCGUGUGCUGAGGUCAAUGUGUCUUCAGGGGAGCUCAUGACGGUGAAGGAAGAGGAGGGGGAGUCCAGUGGCAACAACCAUAAGACUCAAGUCAUCCUGCACCUGCAGCCCAUCCUGCAUGGGGUAAAUGAUGACAUUGCUGACACUGGCACUACAGUCCUGGCCAUAGAGACGCAUCAUGAAGACAGUAAAGCAGAAGGAGAGGAAAUUGAAUAUGGCUACCCCAUCACCUGUGGAGACAGCAGAGCGGUUCUGCUGUUUAAGAAGUUUGUGUGUCCUGGAAUCAAUGUCAGAUGUGUCAAAUUCAAUGACCAGCUCAUCAGUCCCAAGCAGUUUGUGCACCUGGCAGGGAAAGCCACUCUGAAGGACUGGAAAAGGGCCAUCAGACUGGGAGGGGUUAUGCUUAGGAAAAUGAUGGACUCUGGCCAGAUAGAUUUCUACCAGCAUGACACCGUGUGCAGCAACACCUGCCGCAGCACUAAAUUUGAUGUGCUGAUCAACAGCACAAGGCUUCCUCCAGGGACCUCGGUGCAGCCGAGCCCGUCAAGUCUGGCUCUUGACCCUCUUGGAGGACAGGUGCCUCCGCUGACAGGACCUUAUGGAAAACAAUGA